AUGGCUUUCCAGGAGACUCACGACCUGCUGCUUUGGACUUGGGACCGCUUCUGCAGCCCAGACACAACCAUCUAUUCGGUGUUCAUCAACAGGCCUUUUUCUUGGAACUUUUUCGUCAAGGUCCAUGAUAGCGGCCUGUUCGAGGUUCAGCAACUGGAUGAUGAGAAGGAUUUCGAUCCGUGUGGACUUGAAGAGGCCAGAUAA